GCAGCGUUCACGAGGGAAGCACCGGCAACGACAAUGAUGGCAGCAUCUGUGGCAGUGACUCCGCCUUCUACAGACAGAGUGAAGGACACAGCAUGGCAGACACGCUCACAGUCGCCCUGCGUGUCGCUGAGGAAGCCAUAGAGGAGGCCAUCGCUAAGGCAGAGGAGUUCAGUGACAGCUUGGAAAAGCAAAAUGAGGCUCGGUAUCUGCGGGACCACAAAGAGGAGCUCAUAGAGGAACUUGCCACAACCAUUGUACAAAAAAUCAUCCAGAGGAGAAAGCGCUCAGAGAUGCAGACAGAGUAUGACUUUGUCUGGCCUCAGACUCAGUCUCUCCUCCCAUCCGGUGAACUGCCGUCUCCGUCCCAGACUCAAGGCUCUUCUCAAGGAGCACAGGACACCCUGAGGCACUCCUACACCCUCUGGAGAUCCCGCUCAGCGUUCUCCCUCACCAGUGACGACUCCCCAGAGAAGGGCCCAGACGAGGAAGGCGCAGGGGUGGGACGCAGCCUCCAAGAGUACGCGUCUCUGAAGAGGGAGGGCAAGGCUACCUCCCUACCGACCUGGAGGAGUGUGGACCGCCUGGACAACUCCAGUGCAUCCUCAGUGCUCCACAGCCCAGACGGUAACUGGAUCGCUCUCCACAGUUCACAGUUGUCCCGGCCCAGCCUGCUGACCAAGAGGAAGAGUCUGGUGUUCAGCGUGCUGGAAAAAGAGUCCGGCGUCAUCUCGGCGUACGACGAGAUGGGAUCAGACUCCGAGGAGGGUGACGAAGGAUGCUGGGGCGUAGCACUGAGGCAGUUCAGACGCAAAUUAUCCGAUGAUACUUACUACACGGACUCGCAGCACGACCCGGAGUGGACGUACACGCAGCACCUUCCCAUCACCUCUCCGUCCUCAGGCCAGUUCACCAACACAGAGACCCUCAACUCAGACUCAGAGGCCUCAUCAGUGCUGUCCGCCUGUCCUCGCAAACCGCCUUCCAACCACCUGAGGAAGAAAGGACCGCCAGACACACACCUGCACCCUCAUCACCAGCUGCUCUACCACCAACACCUGCAGCAGAACUUUACUCCGUAUCCGCACCACUCAGAGGCUCUGGACGUGAACUUCAACCCAAAGGUGAUGGGAGACAGCAGCGAGGCCGAGGAGAGGCAGAACGACCUCAUCAGAAGAUCUCGGCGACGCAGGAAAAGCAAGAGAGAGUCGUCAUCAGAGAGGAGCCGGCCCGGAAGCCAGCCUCAUGCUCAGUCAGCGUACCCUCUAGUGCAGGAGAACGGUGGGUUUCUGCUCAACGCCCUCCUGAAGAGGGGCAUGAGUGAGGAUCAGUCGGCCCCUGACAGUAUGCCAAUGGCCACAGCUGCACCGGAAGCCUUCAAACUAGAUGCCAUGACACCCGAGCCAGAAGACUUUCACACAGUGGUCCAAAAUUCAGUCGCACUCAGCUCCCCACCACCCCAGCCUCUGGCCCCGGGGUCCCGGCACUCGCCCAGCAGCCCAGGGCCUGUAGACCCCCUAGAGGAGGAGCUCAGAUCCAGACUCAGCGAGCUGGUCAGCCGGGCCAACAGCAAAGACAGCAGCUCAUCCGAGGAGGAGUGCAUAAAGCGGCCCGCGGACAAACAGAUGGAAAAAGAGAGUGACAGACAGAGAGAGAAGACGAGGCCGAAGGACACAGACAGAGAGAGGCAGAGGGUUCUGGAAAGAUUAAGAGACAGGACCAGCUUUAAGGAGAGAGAGAAAGCGAGUGAAACAGUCCAAGUGAACGGACAGGAGAUGAGACGAGGUGAGAGACUAAUUAAGAGUUAUUCAGUGAGAGAAGAAGGAAGAGUAAAAGAGAGGAGGUUAGAGAAGAGGGUGGAAAGUUUGAAAGAGAGACUAGAGGAGCCGGGGCACAAGAGAGGAGAGAAAAGAGAGCUGAACAGACAGAGUAAGAGACUGUACAGGAGAGAUGUGGAGAAGGAGGCGGAGCCCAGAGUGGGAGCAAAGAGGAGUGGAUCCAGCGCAAGUUCACCUGCUAUUACACCUUCAUCCCAGGAGGGGGUGCUGUCAGACAACCAGGAGGGACAGAAUGACUCGGAGCAACAGCAGAGGCUUCAGUUGCUCUCCUCUCUCUUACAGCAGCAGAAGUACUCGGCGGCCUCUCUCUGCAGCAUCACUACCGAGGUGCUGAAGGUUUUGAAUGCCACAGAGGAGCUGAUAGGCGAGGCAGGAGGCGAGGGCGUCACUCCAUCUGAGUCCUCGUGUGUUUCUCCGGUCUCCAACAGCGCAGAGGCCCGCAGGCUGGACCAGAGGCUGACCAAGAUGGAGGAGAAUGUGUACUUGGCUGCUGGUGCAGUGUACGGGCUCGAGGGGGCGCUGGGGGACCUGGAGCAUUGUGCCCGCACCAUUAACAGCGGCACCACAGACACAGAGCUGGCCUUCCUGGAGGACCAGGUGGCCACUGCAGCUGCUCAGGUUCAGCACUCUGAACUACAGAUUUCAAACAUUGAGUCCAGGAUAUCCGCUCUGAAAACAGCUGGGUUGAAUGUGACUGCCUGCAAUCGCUUCUCCAAGUUCAAGCCAAAGGCUAAGCCUGAAACUCUGGACUCAUCACGCCAUCAGAGGAGGAAGCUUCCAGCCCCUCCAAUGAAAGAAAAAUCGGAGCCAGAGCCUCAGGUGAAAGCAUUUCGGCCAUAGUGGCAGUCAGCAGCACAACAAGUCCCUCAGGGCCACUCCAGAGCCCCAGGGACAUGGGGGCCCUCAUCCAGUGCCUUGACCCAGUGUCCGCCUCCAACUCCAGGCCAAGCAGGGGCCAACACCUGCCCUGUGUGACCCACCAAGCACUCAGCCCUCAGCUCUCAGCCCGGCAUGGUCCCACAUCAGUCAGAUGCCCCUGACCAUCCUCUUUUCCACUUUGACCGUCAUUCUCUCCUGCUCACAAUGCACACACCAACAAGCAAGGAUGACUCGACUGUCAGCGUCUCUGCCUUAAAAUCUGCAAUCACUCCUCAUGACCCGACGAAAAAAACCUGUACAGACAAAAAUAACUCUCAUCACCUUUUUCUAUCUGUUUGCAAGAGUAUUGUGAUUUACUGUACAAUGAAGACGUGGAUUAAUCAUGUGAAACUUUCUGUGAUUCAGUGUCCCAAAAAGAGGUCGAGCCGUGUUUUAUACUGCAUCUUCUCUCGCACCAAAUGAAAUGUCACGAGGAA